AUGGCGGGUCAAACCAUGGUAAGAAUCAGCUUUGAUAGCUCGGAAGAGAGACUACGGUGGUCCUUUGUCCCCCAUCUCUCUGCGGCAUUUGGCCGUAAAGGCAUCUCUGUGUCCACAAGUAUGAACGAUGAGUUUGUAGCUUCCUUGUUGGUUUUUUCUGAGAAAUACGUGUCUUCCAAGGAAUCUUUAGAUGAAGUCGUUAAGACUAUCCAACAGAGACAUGACAAAGGCCAUGUGGUGGCCACUGUAUUUUAUGGAGUCAGCAGGUCAGAUGUGCAAGAACUGAAGGGGAAUUUCGGAAAGGUGUUACUUGAAAAUGGGGCUUCAGAUCAAGUAACGCAAUGGCACAACGCUCUUGCGGAAAUAGCAAGCUUACCUGGCUAUGAAGCAAGCAAUACUCAAAGUGAUUACGAAUUUGUCGAAAAGAUUACGAGAGAUGUUUAUGAGAAGAUCUUUCCAAAGGAACGAAUAGGAAUCUACUCAAGGAUGCUGCCAGCUAUAGAAAACUUGCUAUGCAAGCAACCAUGGGGAGUUAAAAGCAUAGGGAUUUGUGGUAUGCCAGGCAUAGGCAAGACAGCGCUUGCUAAAGCAGUCUUUGACCAAAUGUCUGGUGGCUAUGAAGUCACUUGCUUCGUCGAAAAUUUUCAUGAAGCCUUUCACAAGAAGGGACUUUACGGUUUGCUGCAGGAACAUUUCAAGAACCUUCCAAACAAAACACUUCAACAAAGAGUUCUUGUUGUUCUUGAUGAUGUGCGAAACCAUCUAGAUGCAGAGUCUUUUCUCGCUGAGCUUUUCUUGUUUAGCCGUGGAAGCCUGAUCAUAGUAACCACCAGAGAUGAGCAAGUGCUUUCUCAGUGUCGAGUCAAUCAAACAUACAAAGUUGAAGGAUUAAACAAGCAAGAGUCUCUGCAACUAUUUUCCUUGUGUGCAUUUGAAAGAAAUGUGACAGACAAGAAUCCUCUUCCAGAGCUUUCUAUGAAGUUGAUAGAACACGCUAAUGGAAACCCUUUAGCUUUAAGAUUAUACGCCGAAGAUAUGUCCUCACACAAGAAGCUGAAUCAAAAGGAGACUUUGUUCCUCAUGCAAGCUCCUCCACAUCAGAUUACGGAAGUAGUCAAGAGUAGCUACAAUGCACUCAGUGACAACGAAAAGAACAUACUUGUGUAUAUUGCUUAUUUCUUCAUAGGCGCAAAUGUCGAUGAUGUAUCCAAACUACUUGAAGACCUUGGUUUCUUUCCGGAUUUUGGAAUCGGCCGGCUUGUGGAGAACUCUCUGGUGACUAUUUCAGAAAACAGAUUUGAAAUGCAUAGCAUGAUUGAGGCAGUAGUCCGGGAAAUCGGGAGGUGUCAUAGAUUCAAAAUCAACAAAGACCCUAAAACAAGUUUCAAAUGUGUAUUGGGCACUAAAGAUAUCGAAGCGAUGUCUCUUGAUGCAUCUAACUUAAACCCAGAUGUCAAACUUUCUUCACUUGCAUAUAUGUAUAACCUUAGAUUCCUGAAGAUUUAUUAUUCUGACCCUAAAAACAGUCGCAAGGCUCUCGAGUCUUUGCCCUGUGGGCUUAGACUUCUUCAUUGGGAAUAUUACCCUUUGCAAUCUUUACCACAAGAUUUUAAUACAAGCAACCUUGUUGAGCUCAAUAUGCCUUAUAGUCAACUCCAAAGACUUUGGGGAGGAACCAAAAACCUCAAGAUGCUGAAGAGGAUCAACCUUCGCCAUUCAGAGAAGUUGUAUGAAGCUGAGGAACUUUCAGAAGCUUUAAACCUUGAGCAAAUUGAUCUCAGUGGCUGUAAGAACUUGCAAAGUUUUCCAGCCAUUCAUCAAUUGCAAAAACUCCAAGUUGUUGAUCUCUCUGGUUGCACACAAAUCAAAAGUUACCCUGAGUUUCCAUCUAAUGUCACAUUGAAAUUCCAGGGAACUACCAUUAAGAAAUUCUUCCCUCCAGUCACAUUCACCAUCAAGAGCUUACUGGAGCUCUUCGACAAUCCUUCUGGACAACAAAUCUUUGACGACUUUCGGAAACUCGGAAGCUUCUUGAGUAGCCAAGAAAGGAUAACAAAUCCAGAUAUGAUGGAAUCACCAACCAUAUUAGCUAUGAUAUUGCAGAAAGCAAUAAAAAGAACCUCAAGUCUUCAGUUGUAA